AUGUAUAUUCAAUAUUAAUUAAUUAAAUUUCAAAAGCACAGAAGAUAAAGCAAUGGUUUUUAAAAUUUUAUAAGUUUUUAUUAGUCAAGAGGAGCACCAAAAAAUUAAGUACUUUACGACGGAGAUAAAAAAAAUUCAAUAAGAACCUAUAAUGGUAUCUUUUAUUAAUAAAAUAUACUCAGAUAACGUAAACAAUAGAUAAGGUUUUAAAAUUGGAUGGGAUAUUGAUCAAUCUAGAAAGGGUGAUACAAAAAUAGCAGGAAAAGUUGGUCAAGAUCAAAGAAAUUCAUACAUUCCUUCUUAUUAGACACAAACCUAUGUGCCAGUUGUUGAAGUAUUCUAUUACAUAAUUAGUAAACUCAAGAUGAUGAUUACAUGAAAUAGUUAUAUUAUUAAGAAAUGAACAAAAAGCAAGAGCUAGCUGCUUUGUACAAGCAACCUGAACCAUAUUAUUAGGAUGCAUUGGAUAAUUAUAAUAAUGGAAAAUAAAACCCAAAUAAUAAUUAUUCUAACGCUUAUGAAUAACCAUAAAUGUUAUAAUAAUCAAACAAAUAUGAUCAUUAUCAAUAACCAAAUGAUGAUGAAGAACUUUAUUAAAAAGUAUCUUUUUUUAAAUUAAAUAAAGUAUAAAUAAGGAAAUAGUGGUAAUAAAUAAUAGAAUAUUGGUAAACCACCAUUAGCCUAAUAUAAUCCUAUUACAGGAGCUGCUUAUGAAAAUGCAUAUACUCAAUAAAGAGCUUAUGAACCAUAACAAUAAUAAUAACAAUAAUAGGAUGAUGCUCUUAGUUAAUUUAGUUAAUGUAUCAAAAUAGUUAUAAUAUUGUAGUGUAAUAACAUAAAGUAACUUCAAUGAAAAACAAAAGUUCAAAUAUUUUCAAUACUGAUCUUCAAGAGACUGAAAACAUUAAUAAUAAUAGACAAAAUAGCAGAGGUUCAAAUAAAAGAAAAGAAUUAGAUGAUGCUCAAUAUAAAGGAUAUGGUAUAUCUUAGAAAAACUAUUAUGUUUUAGGUUAGUUUUACAAAAACCCAAUUGAACCUGUCCAAAACCAAUAUAGAGAGCAGAAAUUCGUAAAUAGAAACAUGAUUGAUAAUCACAUAUUUCCAAAAUGAUUAUAUAAUUUACAUAAUAAUUAUAUAAAUUAAUUUAAC